AAUGUUUAAAAUCUUACCUUUACCCUCGUCUUUGUAUGUCUUACUGUUCCAUUUAGUCUACCGUUUCCCAGCAACUGAGCACGCAACGAUGACGUAAUACGUAGAGGUGGCGUGGUCUCUAUGGCUGCGGAGGACGCGGAGACUAUCCACUGCCAUUUAAUAAAGUGCGCUGUUAAGGGAGGACUGCGCGAUGUAUCACAAAGAAAAGAGCAUCCAGAUCAAAAACAGCGCAUCGGCGCUGUACAACAACCUCGGCGUGCUGCGCAUCGCCCCGCGGCGCCUCACAUACUUCACGGUGGUCCAUGCUAACGUGGUCAACAUGGUCAGUGCCUCCUGGGACGGUCUCGACUAUUCCCACCGGCAGCUGCAGUCGAAGGAGCCCAAUGUCGCCACAAGCACAUCGCUCAUCAUGCAGGCUGCAUUUUGUGUUCUGCCCUCUCGUGAUCUGCUGGUGGUGACCUCUCAGAAAGGCAUCCAGAUGUAUGAGUCUGAUGGCUCCAUCAUGGUGUACUGGCAUGCACUGGACACUCCAGAAACACCAACAGCUCAGGCCGUGUUUGCUCGAGGGAUAUCGGCGGUGUGGGACAAUUUCAUAUGUGUGGGUGUUUCAUCUGGUGCAAUUCUAGUAUUUGAUGUUCCCAGUAAAGGCAGUAAUAUCACCCUGUCUGAGGUCCUGGAGGAGCAUAAGGAGUCAAUCACUGACAUGGCCUCAGAGUGCUCAGGCAGCCAGGAGUGCAUAGCUGAUCUGGUCAGUGCAGAUGAUGGGGGCAGCCUUUGUGUGUGGAAGGCUGGGGAGGAAUUUCAGCUGCUCAACAAGAUCUCUGGCUUUGAUAUGAGCUGCUCAUCUGUCAAGCUGUGGAAAGGUACAGUGGUGGCAGGUUACGGCACAGGCCAGAUUCGUCUCUACGAAGCAGUGACGGGAAUUCUGCAUGCUGAGGUCAACGCUCACGCUCGCUGGAUAUACUCUCUGGAUAUUGCUCCUUUUUCUGGGCUGCUUCUGUCUGCUGCUGAGGACUCUCUAGUCAGGGUGUGGCACUUGACAAUGACCCCGGAGACCAACAGUGUGGAGGUUGCCCAUUUGCACAAUGAGUGUGUGACGGACACCCAAAUCUGUGGCGCCAAGUUCUGUGACGGGGAUGGUUAUGCCUUUGCAGUGACGGGCUAUGACCUGAGCGAGAUCAUCCGCUACACGCAGUCGUAGGACUUUGCUUUCAUUGAGACUUAGUGUAAUGGCUGUGAAUUUGGCUUAUUGUCUCUGGAAAGAUACGAAGUCCCAUAGAAUGAAAAGUGUAUUUAACAUGAAGCAUUUUUUUCUUGGCAUUCCUGCCUCUGUAUUGACAAAGGACAUUAGUAUAUAACAAAAUAAUGGGGAAAGUAAUAUGUUAAAGUUUCUAUAAAUAUUUUAGGUACAAAUGUUUAUAUGUAUGUGAAUGUGUAACUUGAAGAAGUAAUAAAAUAUUCUAUUAUUCUGUAUGACAUAAUGUUUUUAUUUUUUCUGACAUAUUAACUGUACCAAUAAACACUUUUUAUAA